AUGGCCGCCAGGCGUCACACGGCGACGAUCUCGCCCGACCUGAUCCAGCAGCUGUUCCAGCUCAAUUACGAGGACGACGAGCGCGAGCGGGCUGGGGCGGAGGCGGAUGGCGCGGGGGACGACAGCCCGGCCGGGGGCGGGGGUGCCAACAACCGCUCUGGCUCCGCGAAGAAACUCAACAUCAAGGAUGAGGCUAUCGUGGCGAGCGCCGAGGUGGUGAGGAUGUUCGUGGCGGAGCUCGUGCACAGGGCCGCAGAGGGCGCGAAGGAAGAUGGGGAGGAUACCGUGGACGGAACUCACCUGGAGAGGGUGCUACCGCAGUUCCUCCUGGACUUCGCAUCGUGA